AUGGUCUCAAUGCUGGAUAUAUUGGGCAUAGUGCUGGAUAUGAUGGGCACAGUACUUGGUAUGAUGGCCACAAUGCUGAAUAUAUUGGGCAUAGUGCUGGAUAUGAUGGGCACAGUACUUGAUAUAAUGGGCCCAGUACUUGACCCCAACAUUGCUCUUCGUGAGUACAGAAUAACACCGCUGCAUAUUGCGGCAAAAUGCAAUUAUACAACCAUUAUGAAGAUGCUUAUUAAGAGAGGUGCAAGUCCAAAAGCCACAGAUCUCAAUGGAAUGGUGCCUUUACAUUUCAGUACACGGAGGGGCAAUCGUGAAGCAACAGAGGUUUUGUUGGUUGCUAAGGGAUCUGACGUGAAUGUUAAAGACAGUGACAAAAUGACACCAUUGCACCACUCAGCCAUGUCAGGUGAUGUUACCAUCAGCAGAGUAUUGUUGGAACGUGGCGCUGAUGUCCAAGCUAAGGAAAUUAAUGAUAUAACUCCCCUUAUGUUUGCUGCUAUCAGGGGCAAUACAGAUAUGAUGAGGUUCCUAGUAGAUGCAGGUAAGAAGAAGAAUAUAAGACCUAUAGACUUUAUGGUUGAUAUUGAUGAUGAAGGAAGCAAUUCUUUGCAUCUUUCUGUUGCGAGAGGUCACAUCGAGGUAGUAGAGUAUUGUCUAGAAUUGGGUGCUGAUGUGGAAUCCGGUAAACAUAACGGAUUCACUCCACUCCAUAUUGCAGCUGUAUCAGGGAAUGCCGAAAUGGCAAAGUUGUUGGUUGAUAAAGGAGCCAAAGUCACUUCCAGGGAUGACGAACAAAUGACGCCAUUGCAUAGAGCCUCUCUGUAUAGUCGAAUGGAUGUGAUGCGGUUUUUGAUUCAAAAGGGUGCUUCUCUAGAGUCGAAAGACUUGGAAUAUUUUACACCACUACUUGCCGCAGCCUGGAAGGGACAAACAGAGGCUGCACAAUUCCUCCUACAGCAAUCCGCCGACAUAACUGUAAGUGAUCGAGAUAUGAAGACUGCUCUUCACUGGGCAGUGGAAGGCAAUCACAGCGAGUUUGUAAAGAUACUAUUGGAAAAUGGUGGAACAGAUCUACUGAAUGAGACUGACAAAAGGGAGCGAACAGCUGUACACUUUGCAGCAGAAAGCGGAAAUGCUAAGAUUCUAUCUAUACUUAUUGAAUACAAAGCUGAUGUAGUUUGCAAGGACCAUGAAGAAAGGUUGCCUCUUCAUAUUGCAGCUUGCAAUGGUCAUUUGGAAUGUGUUCGAUUGUUGGCUAAAGCUGCGCCUACUAGGAUCAAUGAUGAUGACAUCGAUGGAAGAACGCCGCUAUUGUUGGCAAGCGAGGAAGGUCACUAUAAAGUGGUCAAACGUUUGCUGAAAGUUGGUGCAGAUAUUUCAAGCAAGGACGAAAAUCGACGUUCGGCUUUGGCAAUUGCCGCGAAAGAAGGCCACUUGGACACUAUAAAGGUCCUCUUGAAGAACCAUGCUGAGAUAGACUCACUUGACAAAAACAAGAACACUCCCCUUCAUCUGAGCGCCGGCAAUGGCAAUGUUGAUGUUACAAAACUGCUUCUAGACAGCGGGGCCUGUGUAACCACUCAAAAUGAAAAACAAUUCACUUGUUUAGAUGAAGCAACACAUAUGCUCGAAGAGGACACAGCCGCUGCCAUUGUGAAACAUAGAACCUGGCGAGAAGUUAUCAGUCAACCCGGCGCUGGUGGUGACCCGCCAUUGAAAGGACUGAUAGAAAAAUUGCCAUAUAUGGUACUGGAUCAGUGUGUACAGUUUUCUCACUCCGAUAAAACCAAUCCAAAUCUCAAGAUUACAUACGAGUAUGAAUAUAUUGAUCCCGGUCCUGUGGAAUCUAAGAAAAAGGGUCCAGAUGGGCGACGUAAAAAACGAUGGUGUGCUUUGGCCGCCAUGGUACAGUUUGGAAGGGAGCAUCUGUUGAUGCACGAGCUCUGUAAAACUUUACUUAUGAUCAAAUGGAAAAAGUUCGGAGUUAUUAUUUUCUCCAUCGACGUGUCCAUGUAUAUAAUGUUUCUAUUAUCUUUAAUGGUGUACAUUGGGUUAACGCCGCGUCCUGAAAAACAUACUUUAGACACUCAUGGUUGUCCGUUGCCUUAUGGUGUUAAUGUUAGUGUUUAUUUUGAUGAGGACGGUAAUUAUAUUGGUGAAUACGAGACGGAUUACAUGGUUAUUUUUGAAAUUUCUAUAUUUCUAUACUGCUUUAUAAACGUAAUGAGAGAGCUUGUCGAAAUUUUCAAAACAGGAAUGAAAUAUUUCAGUGAGAUAGCCAAUGGUAUAGACUGGUGUCUGUAUGUCUCAGCAUCCGUCUUUGUGUUUCCGCCUGCGCAGAAACCAUGUGCAGUUCAGUGGACAGCUGGGGCUGUGGCUGCUUUCUUCUCGUGGAUGAACUUAAUAAUGUAUGUUAGAAGGGUCGACUUGUUCGGUAUUUACAUCGUUAUGUUCUAUGAAGUUGUAAAAUCGUUUUUGAAGGAAGAAUCGUAA